UUCGCCUGUGCUACUUCAUGCCAAACAUUCACUUUCUAUACAACGCAUUCUCUUUUCCGUCUCGGAACCACCGAUCUCGACUCGUCUUACGUCGUGAACGAGCCUCCUGCAGCCGUUUUAACUUCAGUCUCCAUGAUGCCCCUCCUUCCAGACGUUGCCAGUUUCUUGGCCACCAGGUCUAGUACUGGUAGCCAUUCACAGUCUGUGUAUGCAAGCACUUCGUUCGAUCCUCUCCCUACGGAUCUUCGAAAUGGAAUGGUGGUCAUGGGUACAAUAGGACUUAUAUCGGUCACUACCACACUUACUUUAUUUGGUUUCAUUACCUACCGCAUGAUUUACUGGCGAAGAUUUUACGAGCAUCCUAUUGCAACGAACCAGAUCUUCGUCUUGAUUUACAACCUUCUUCUCGCAGACUUCCAGCAAGCACUCUCCUUCCUCUUAGCGUUUCACUGGAUCUCUCAAGACAAGCUGGUGGGACCGAGCGCCGCUUGUUUUGCCCAGGGCUGGUUAAUACAGAUCGGAGAUCUCAGUUCUGGACUCUGGGUUCUGGCAAUUGCCAUCCACACAUUCAUCAAUAUCGUUGUCAAGAAGCAAAUCCCACUGGGAGCUUUUUUCACAGCUGUGGCGGGGAUCUGGGUGUUUGCCAUAACCUUGACGCUUAUCGGGCCAGCCUCGCAUGGAAUCAGCUUCUUUGUUCCUGCAGGAGCUUGGUGUUGGAUCGGCGAUGAGCAUGAGGAAGAUCGUCUUACUCUCCACUAUGUGGUUCCAAAUGCCCCCAACCAAAUCGCUUCGACUGAUCGCAGUAAUGAAUUCGCCAAAGGGCAUAAAGCAUUGACCACAACCACUGUUGUCAGCCAAGCUGUUCGCGACCCCUUCGCUGUUUCACGCAAUAGAAUCAUGCGGACAGCCGGCUAUAUGGUCGUCUACCCCUGUGCAUACGUGGCAUUGACACUCCCGCUUGCUGUCGGCCGAGUAUCAGCAAUGGCCCACAAGAACCCAUCCCUCACUUUCUACUGUGUAGCAGGGGUUCUCAUGGCAGCAUGUGGUGCUGUCGAUGUCGCGCUCUAUAUUUACACUCGAAAGUCGUUGCUGAAGACCAGUAUCGGGAUGAGGGGAAACACACAACAAGCCGGCAAUCGCCUCACCAAAAUCCAGACUCCCAAUUUACGGACCAGAUUCCCUGGCGAUGGAAAUGGUAGAAUGGAUGGCCACUCAAAACUGGACUCGGAGGAUGGUGAUGAACCGGCAAGAGAUGGGGUAAUUGUGGUGUCGCAGUCUAUUACCAUGAGCGAGGAAUCGUUCGGAGCUUCUGAUGGACUUUAUGGUCGGGCUGGCAAGCCUAAGACCGAGUCGAUGAAAAGCCUUGUUUUGAGAAAGGAUGAUAGGAACAGUGAUAAAUCAUAA